AGGUCUGCUGCAGUCAGUGCCAUCUGGGCGCCUACAUGCUCCCAGAUGUCCUCUCUGUAAUUAGAGCCAGACCCAGCUCGGCCUGGUCCAGCCCAGAUCCAACCUCUCAUUUACAGAGGCCCUCCCUGAAUACUUAAGGAGCUUUCCAACACAGCGCAGGCCUUUAGGGAAACUCUUUGGCUUUGCAAGCAUAUUUCUAAUAGUAUCACCAAAGCUGGAAGACUUCAGGCGUUCAAAAUGUCCAUCGCCCAGGCGGCGGCCAAGGCCAUGCUAUCUGAUGCCCUCCUGCAGGAAGGCCCUGGGAUAACCCGGAUCAGCCACCUGGAGCUGGAGCUUCCUCUGGACAAGGUCAUCAAAUUUGUGUCUGUCGGCCUUCCUCUGAUGCUCGUGUGCAUGGCCUUCGCUCGCGAGGUCUCGCUGGGGCCUCAGAUCAGCUGUUUCCCUCCCAGCAAUUUCACCAUCAAGCAGGCCGGCUACGUAGACACAUACUGCUGGGACUCUCUCAUGCAUCAUGAGUUUGACAGCCACGGAAACUUUGAGGAGCGCUCACUCUGGGUACACAAAAUGUUUCCUUACUCUCUUCUGGCCAUGGCGGUGUUGAUGUACCUGCCGGCUCUGAUCUGGCGCCAGCUCGUCAUGCCCUCGCUGGCCUCGGAUCUCCUUUUCAUAAUUGACGAACUGGACAAGUCAUAUAACCGCUCAAUCCGACUGGCCCAGAGCAUUUUGGAUAUGCGCCAGAACACUAAGAACCCCCUCACAUUUCAGGCUGAACUGCAAAGGGCCAAGAAGAAGCGGUACUUUGAGUACCCUCUACUGGAGAGAUACAUGCAGUGCAAACAGAACUCAUACUUCCUUGUUAGCAUGCUUUUCUUGCGGGGCUUCCUCCUCCUGACCUUCAUGACUGCUGCCUGUCUGUACCUGGCCUACUUCCACCUCUCUGCCUUCCUGCAGGACGAGUUCAGCUGCUUUGUCCGCACGGGCAUGCUGCGGGAUCAGAACUGGGUUCCUGAACUGGUUCAGUGUAAAAUGAUCGGCCAGUUGGUUUUUCAGGUGAUAAGUGUGGCCAACGGUGCCAUCUACGUCCUGCUGGCUCCUAUCGUCCUCUUCAGCCUGAUCCGGCUCUUUGUUUGGGACACCACCUUCAUCUCUGUCUACGAGCUCCUCCCAGCCCUGGAUGUUCUCAACAAGCGUAGGCUAGGCUGCCCAUUGAAUGACCUCAAUGUCCUCCUGCUCUUCUUGCGCGCCAAUGUAGCACACCUGAAGUCCUACGGGCAGGUGAGGGCAUUGUGCUCGCUGGCACCACCACAGGUGGGCAACACUACUGCGGGAAAAGGCUUGCACGCAAUGCUGACCCAAGAAGAGAUAGAAGAGCGCGAAGAGGCUGCGAUGGAGCUCUCCGAGGAGGUGGAGGAGGCCAAGGAGGAAGGGAAGCUCAGCUUAGUGGACAUCAUGACUAUUCUGGGAGCGGCCCAGGGAAGAGUAGUAAACUGCAGCGAGAAGAGGCCUCUUGUGGAGCAGGAUAUGAGUCUUGGUACCGUAACACUUAUCUACACACUCAAACGUAUUCUGCUAGUGGCUAUUUUCGUCUACAUCAUUUGGGAUGUGCAGAAAAUUAUUAAGUGACCACCAGACUACAGACACAGGCUUUUAAAAUGAAAUAGCAAAUGCUUUAGAUAUAAGGUAGCAUAAGCAGUUCUCACUAACAGCCACGGCAUACAGAACAAGGUCAUAUCCGAGUGGACCUGAGGAGGCAGUUUGAGAGACAUAUGCAGCUGUAGGCAGAAAAUUCAAACAGCAUUGUUUAGUCAGUUUUUUUUUCUCUCUUCAUUGUGUUUGUAUAAUAUAGCUUCUGUUCUUUCUUUCUGACACCAAACUAAACCGCCUAUAUUUCUAAAAGAGUUUUAAAAGCGUUGGCUAAUGUAGAAGACAGAGAUUUGUGGUGCUUCCUACUGUAGCUCUAACCGCCCUCUCUGUCUCUUCACAGAGCCAAACCACCAGGGGUACCAUGAGUUGAAGGAGUCUGCACCAUUUAGUCAUUACUAGGCCUCCUACGGACUGAAUCAAUGUGAUAACAAAGGGGGGGUUGGGGUACUCUCUACACUAGAUUUUCAAGAGUACUAUACCCACAAAGACUGUGGACUCCAAUCAAAGGUUUCUGCUGUCUAAAGAAAAAAACUUCUUUUAGAAUUACAGGGCAAAUUGUUCUGAAAAUGUCAAUGGAUUUGGAUUUGUCAAUUUUCAGCAUCUGUGCGUCUAUAGCUGCUGCAGACUGACAUUUUGUCUCUUUUAGUCUGGUCCCAUGUAUUUUCUUUAAAGAGUCUGUGAUGGCUAAUAGUCAAAAGAGAGCGUGGAAGUGCAAGUGACGGUUGUGGUUAUGGUGUGAAGUAGUAUGAGAAAGGUAUUGCCAUAUAUA